AUGGCGCAGCUCAUUCCAAGCACCACACCCAUUCGAGCGCUCGAAGAUCACGGAGAUCGUGUGAUCGCAGUCGCAGUUUUCCACGACCCAUCCACGCAUGACGAACGCAUGGUCACGGGGUCGUAUGAUGGAAUGGUUCGUCUGUGGGACUUGAAGACAGGAAAGGUGUUGAAGAAGAUGGAUGGUCAUCGUAGUCGGGUGCGGGCAUUGGCAGUUUCACGAGAUGGAAAAUGGAUAGCAAGUGGUGAUGAGAGUGGAGAGCUCAUCGCCUGGCAUGGAACAACAGGAGAACCUCUCUCCCCAGCCAUCGAGAAAGCCCAUGACGCCUCAAGCGUAGUACGACUGCAUACAUCCAAGCUCAAAGUUAACAUUAUACGUGAUUAUUCGUGUGCCGCCAGUCAAUCAUACCAGCGCUUGAUCAUGCGACAAUUUAACCCAGCGCCUUACUACGAGGACUCGCAGUUUGUUUUUGGUGCAACAGGUGCUGAAUCUGCAUAUACCACGUCUGCAGAGGCAUCGUCAUCUGCUGCCGAAGGUGGCUGCAGUACACCACCAACGGAAUACACUCCUGAACUUGAGACUUCGGAGCUUCCAUACUUCGCCAUAGAUCCUACACUCCUCGAUGAUGCGCAUGAUCCUACGUCGAAGAAGCGCAAGCUUGAUUCACUUAGCUCGGAGCUGGAGGAUCAUGAUGCAAACAUGCCCACAUUUACGGGUACUCAUGGACGUGCGGGGCACCCUCCAACUCGACGUUUCCAGUCCCCAUUCCUUCCAGCAUCCAAGAAGAUUUGUACAUCAAAUCAAAAGACUUCAAAGAUUCCGAUUCCCUCGAGAUUAAAAGUCUCCACUGAAAUUGCUGCACCAAUUCAUGCCUCUGUGCCGUCGUCAAUUCGUUCUUCUGCGCUGUCAUCAAUUCAUUCCUCUGUGCCGUCAUCAAUUCGUUCUUCUGCACUGUCAUCAAUUCAUUCCUCUGUGCCGUCGUCAAUUCGUUCUUCUGCGCCGUCAUCAAUUCGUUCUACUGCACCAUCGUCGAUUCGUCCAACUGCACCUUCGCGAUCCAAUCUGCCAGAAUGUCUCUCAACUGUAGUACCACGGUCAACGCAUCCUCCUCAGUCUAUUCCACAGCCCUCUCAUGGUGCCAUCACAUCCAAGAAACAGGCCGUGUCUGAGCCCCAGGCUUCUUUGACUCCCACUCGCUCGUUUCUUGUCCAUAAGCCCAUUCCACUCGCAUUCUCCAAAAACACGGUCACAUUAUCUAGCCGCUCCAAGCUGCCACCAGUGAGAGACAUCCCUCCCGUCCCACAAGAUGAUAGCGACGAUGUGGAACUUAACUCUGGGCUCCUAACGCGCAAGUCUAUUGGAGGAAGCAGCAAAGAUAAAACCAUGCAAGGCGAAAUACUCCAGCUCCGCAAAGAAACAGUCUCGAAUUUCCCAAGAUCAUAG